GCACCUGUUACAAAAGUAGAAGUACCUGAUGCAGUGAUAGAGCUACCUCCUGAGCAAAAUACAGAAACAAAUAUAACAACAAAUCUGAAAGGAGUGUCUGAAGUUUCUGAUGCAGAUCCACAGAUGUCUAGUAUGCCUAACAUAGCAACAGUAUGUGAUCAGGGAUCAUCAAAUGUGAAAGCUGUUAAUUCCUUGUUAGAAGAAACUAGAGGACAUAGAAUAAAAGUCAACAGUGCUCAAAUGAAGUAUAAUGUUCAAAUGAUAAUUGUUCAGAUAGAUGAUUUUGACACCUCUACUGAGUGGAAGACAUUAACACUUACAGCAAAUUAUAUAAUAGCAGGUAAAAUCCACUUUAUUUUUUGUAAUGCCAUAACAUUUGAAAAAAUGUCUCAUUUUGACAAU